GUUACUGCAUGCCAAACCCAAGUUCUGUUAGCGUUACUUAGCACUUUUUUGUCCGAUCAUGAAUGAUCAUCCUGUAGUCUGGAUAGAGACUUCCUGCGCAAGCGGAUCAUUAGUCCUCCAAUCGGUAUUGUCAUGAGCAUGUUCUUGCGCGAUCAUUAUAUGUCAAAGAUUAAGAUCUCGAUGUCGUUGUCGAUCUCGAAGAACCGUAUGAGAAUCAAGACCGAGAAUCUCUAUAUAUUUAUUUCCUCCUGCGUUCAUUCACAAGAAGAAGGGCUCGAUGUCUCCAUGCAACAUGAUGGGAUCUGCAAAGUGUGUGACAAUCAAAAACAGAUCGUGACAUCCCUUGCAGUGCGUGUUGAGCAUGACAAUUAUCCUUAAAAACAGAUGGAUCAUGGCAAUCGUCCUUCAGAAAAAAAUAUCCCUCAAGAUCAUGACAAUCCUUGUUGUGUGUGCGCGUACUCAACGCAAGUACAGAAGUCCUAUGAAUGUUCUGCUCAAUAGAUAUUUCACGCAGGACCUUCGUUCAACAUCGGACCCGAAAUACCUAGAAAUGAGGUCGCACCUUCUUGCCAAUCCCAGCCAAGUUUUUCCUACUACGAAUUUGUUUCCCCUUUAUCGGAACGACACGAGCGGCGCUUUUUUUCUUUUUUUAUUCCUGGUAGACACACUAUAACUUGAGGCUCCGCAUGUUGUUAAUUUUUAGGUGCGCCAAAUUCGUUGUGUUUAAAACUUGUUUGGUGUUGCGUAAGCGUAAUAGAUGACUCGUCAGAGUAGAAAAAUUAUUUUGUAGGUCGAGUGCGUGGAGGUGGAAACGUAAAGCAAUAUGGUGGACUAUUCCAAGUGGAGCCGAAUGGAGAUCUCCGACUCCGAAUCGGAACACGACGAUAGCGACUGUGAUUUUGACCCACAAGACGAGCAUCAGACCUCCAUGCUUCAUCAGUUGCAAAACGAGCACGCGAGGACAAACAAACGCUCCGGCGAGGAUUCUGCACUUCGGCCCAAGGUGACUCGAUUCGAUGCAGAACAACGAGUGACAUUCGGUGAGGGCCAACCAGUUCGGGUCGAGCCGGGAGGUAGGUACGUGCCUCCUGCUGAUUUUUCUACUUCUUCGCCUUCGUCUGGCGCAAAAAUGCCUCACCGCACCACUACCGCGUGCAGGACGAACAGCACAGAGGCUAGCGCAGCUACAGCGUUAUCUUGUGGAACAACAUCAACAUCGGACAAGUAUGAGGCACGCAGUAACGUUGUGAGCGACGAGCAGAAGGCAGUUCUGGCCCUGGCUUCUUCUGGCAGCGGAGCAGCUGCCACGUCGACGGCGCAGCACCCCGCACGAACCGCGUACGAUUGGAAUCAGGCACUUGCAUCUGACUGGACGCGGAACGGGGGCUACUGUGCGGACUCGAAUCCUCCGUAUUACUGGAGUCAAAACCAGCGGGAGGUGUUUAUGACUUUCUCAAACGUUGUGGCAUGGACAUCCCUUAAAUGGUUUGCGGCUGAUUUUUUGUUCUUGCAUUCUUGAGCGGGUCCUCUUCGAAACAAGCCUGAUAUCGCAAACAAGCAUGACCAUCAUUAUCAUGUCGAUCUCGAUGUUGAACCCAUGGAUUCUUGUGUGUGGCAAAUCAACGAAAUCAAGAAAAAUCCAUGCAGGGGGUGUCAAUGGAACCACGUUUGGAAAUGCUAUACCGUUUGUCCGGUUCCAAUGUAGUUCCAGUUGUGUUGUACACGAAAAGUUGCGUCCGCAGUUUGAGAAAUUUGGGCCGCGACAGGUGCAGAUACGGCCGCUAAUGCUCGAGCCCUUCCAAUGGACGUACGAAGUUGACGCCGCGGCGACCACGGAAGAAGAAGACAUAGACUGGGAGUUCGAAAACGGCACUGGAAGACCGAAUCAAGGAAUGCUCAAUGUCCGUUACUUGAAACUGACGGUAGUAUUUUUGUUUGUUUCUCCGUGUUUUUCAAGAGGAUGUAGUUUACAUUAUUUUUUCAUCGAGCAGUCGUAUCGCUGCAGUGCAUAGGAUGGUGACGCACCAUCAUCCCCGACGGCUAAUUUGUGUGUGACACGCCUUCGUCUGCACCAGUUGUCGGAGCACUGGCGACACGAUGAUGAUGAAGGUGUGUUGUCUGUACCAGCAUGGAAAAAUUUACUUGAGAGAGGUGCUAUAUGGUCUAUAUUGAUUCUUCGAAUCGCGGCGGGGCGAGGUUGUAUCUCUGGCUCUGAAGAGAAGGUCGCUGAAUCUCAAGCGAGCCGUCGCGUCAAAUGAGUCCAUUAUUGGUUUGCUACCGGGUGACGGCUCGGGUCUCUGUCUCCGAAUACUUAUCCACAGCACAUCAUCAAAAGAUGCUACACAACACCUCCUAGUAGUUGCUACUAGCGUUGUAAGCACCACAAUAAAAGAAGACGAUGAGAGUGACGUGGAGGUGCAGAAGUAGUGGGGCAGUACUUACCCUUACCGAGCUGCGUGGUCAUGAUCUACGCGGCAAGGUGUUCAGAAUUUGAUCUAGAAGUAAAUCAAGAUAACAGAGCUACGUGAUAAAUAGGUAGCAGCGUACUUAUAGUGAGCUGCUGUCACAUGAAGGACAAGGUGGUGGAUGUGCAACUCUCACUCAAUAUUCUGGACUACACAGGUUGUGAAAAAGUCGAUGAUUACGGGAACCGUCCUCUGGUGGCGCGCGGCCUUUAAAGGACACCCGGAGAUGCAGCCAGAGCAGAUUCAGGAUAGGUCAAAAAGAAACAUCGAACGACAGAAGGAGUUUUACAACCGGAUGCUGGAAGCGACCGAGCUUUUCAAGCAGAAAGUUCGCAAAGACAAUGGCGCCGCGAUACUGCCCGUGGAAGAAAAGGGGCUGCUAGGGGUUGCACAGCAGUCGGUUGAUGGCGAAGCCGUGAUGUGCCCACCCGCGACUGUCUCCGCACCGACCGAGGGCGCAGGACCGCACUAGAUAAUUUGAUGAAACCUCUUUCCGAUGACGCGCUUUCCUACAACGACCCCGAGCACUUGACCAGAAACCCACUUCUCAGCCGCUCUGAUGCUCUGCCGAAGCUGCGACCGUGCGCGCGCCUGCUUGUCACUCUUCAGCGCGGCAAAGGGGAAGCCUCCGACUUCUCAAGAAGAGAACACGUAGCGGCAACACCUCUGCUCUAUGUAGUGACCCUGCAAGACCAAGAACAAAGCGACCGCAUUGCUUUUUAUCUACCUCAGGCCCCCCCCCGAGACGGGAAGUGGAACUCGCACUCAUCGUGAACUACGCGCAGCCGGCACGUCGUUCGAUGAGCAUGAAUGGGGCUCUAACCCAAGAUCGACUUUGUCAUCUAAAUCAGUUUCCCUGUCGCGCUGCCGGUUCUAGGAAGAUCACGGCGUCUGCUCGGCAGGACGUCGUGCAGGCCCUGUCCAUUCGGAAUGACUGAUAGAAGCACUCAAAUUCGUCUCUUCAACAGCUCCACAAAGAUUUUCGCAUGAAUAGAAAUUGUUCGUUGUCAUGUCAUUGAGUUCUGAAGAUCAUCAUGAUUACCAUCUCAUCAUCUGAGUGCAGUCCCGUGUUCAGCUGCUACUGCUCUGAGCUGCUCGAGAAGAUGCAAAGUCGGUACAUUGUGGAUACUAGUCGUAAGAGAAGAUGAAGAUACAAGAAGAACCAAACUGUGGUACCCAGCAAACCGGCUUCUAUGUUCG